UGUCAUUGAUUCAGUAGUAACACACUGAGCCGCUGAGAGGAGACGCUGAAGAAGAGGGAGAGACAAAACUGUCCUUAUGAGCCAAAGGAGUGAGAGUAGAUCAAGCUGAAGAAUAGAAGUAGGAAAGCAACUAGUCGUCUGUUCAGGUUGCUGGCACCUGUAAACCUUUUUUUCCCCCUUGCCGUCCCUGAUAUGACUCUUUUCAAGAGUGAACAUUGCAGCCCACAGUACAUGAGCAUGACCGGAGAGCUGAAAUCAAGCCGCUCGAAGACAGGAGGAGUCAAGAGGCCGAGCAGUGCUGUGUACGGAUCAGAGUACGAGCUGGACUACGACUGCUACCAGGAGGAACUGUAUGACAGGGUGUUUGAUUACCAGCGUGUCCCGUCGGCGGUGCCUGCUCUGCCUCACAGUUCCAGCCUGGCCAAGAGAGCACGCUCGUCUUCUUCCAGGCAGAGACGCAGCCGAGACCGCUCGUCCUCCAAGAGCUCCUCCAGACCCCACUCUUCCAGCAGAGCUAAGUUGAAAAUGGAGGAGCUGCAGACCAUAAAGCGAGAGCUGACGAUGAUAAAGGUUCAGAUUGAUGGCCUGCUGGACAGUCUGGACAGGAUGGACAGACAAAGGCAGGAGCACACAGGUUCUCCAUUUUCUCAAGGUGGGAGCUCAGGGGGUUCACCGUACCACCCAUCAACCAGCAGUCGAGAGGGAUCUCCCAGAACCCCCAGCCCACGCCGCUGCGCCCGGAGAGACACUCCUGAGCUGGGAGAGGCCAGCGACGACGAGCCGCACAUGAUGAAUCAUCACAACUCUGACAUGGAGGACGAAAUGUAAAGAGGCUCAGCUCAGACUGGUCUGCUGAGUGAUGUAGCAAGACAGAAGCGCCUCACAUGCAGAAGAAGAGCCAACGUCUGUCUCCACGCCGACACGACACUCACGACACAACACAUGCAGCAUAUAUAAAUAAUCCUGGGCCUCAUCAGUAAAGUUGGAAGUUGUGAGAUCUACAUUUAGUUUGUUCUUUAUAGCACUCGUGUAUUGGCUUUCAUUCCUGUUUGUAGUGCCAGGUGUCAUUACAGCUACUCCCGUUCUCCUUACAACUCCAAUAGCUUUAUUAAAUUGUAUUGGGUGUCAUUUCAAUGUUUUUUUUAUUCUAGGAAUUUAAAAAGGUCUUUAUAAGUCCAGUGGUCAUUACUGCAUAUCCUGAUAAAUUAGCUUUAUAUGAGUGCAAUACUUUAAAGCGUUAAGCCUUUAUGUAAUGCCAAUAGCACCUGCUAAAUGUGUGCAGGUUUAAUCGUUCUUAUUCUCAUUUUUAAUAAAAAAAUUAUUUUAGCAGUUCAAAUGCAAUCAGAAAGACAAAUGGGAUAACGGAAACCUGAUUUCUGAUUGCAUUCGGUUUGCACCUUCAGAAUAUUUUUUUAGUAUUCCAUGGGAUGAAGGAUGCAAAUGCAUCACAUCACAAUGUGAGCUGAAGCCACUGAAUCAAUAGCACCUCUAAUGAUGGAGGGAAAAUAAUGGAAUAGUGGAAUAUGGUUUGGUUGACUGCCAUCACAAGGCAACGAUUUAGAGCUACAUUGUAGAGGUAUAAUAUUCCUGUCUUCUCUAGCUCUUCAUGCUGGGUUGCCAGGUCUGUGUGACAAAAAUAAAAACCAGCCCAAUAACAAAAACCUCAAAAUCUGCAGCUCCUAAACCUUAUACACUGCUCCAGCAUCAUGACGAUGUUUAAAUAUGUGUUUAACAAAGUUUCCCUAAUCUGUUGUCUCCUAUUAUUUCAUACUGUCAUAAAGCUAUAUAAUAUAAUAUAAUAUAAUAUAAUAUAAUAUAAUAUAAUAUAAUAUAACAUAAUACAUAAAAGCUUAAUAACUCAUACAGUAAUGUGGCUCUGCGGCUCUCAAACUUUAUCAGUUUUUUUAAAUAAUGUAAUUUAAUAAUGGCUACUUUUUUUAAACCACUCUUUUAAGUUUGGCUGAAGCAGAUUUACUGAUUCUUUAUUUCUUCCUUCAUUCAUUCAUUCUACUUCCCUGCAUUCUUUUUCUCCUUCCUUCCUUGCUUCCUUCCUUCCUUCCUUCCUUCCUUCUCUCUACUUUCCUGAUUUCUUUCUUUCUUUCUUUCUUUCUUUAUUCACUCUACUUCCCUGCAUUCUUUUUCUCCUUCCUUCCUUCCCUCUAUCUACUUUCCUGAUUUCUUUCUUUCUUUAUUCACUCUACUUCCCUGCAUUCUUUUUCUCCUUCCUUCCUUCCGUCUCUGGAAGGUAGCUUCUCUGCUGAUGUAGCUAACAGAGCUAGCACUGAUAAAGGGAUUAGGAGAGAAUAUGACUGCAGACCCCUCACAUGGCAGCUAGAGCGUAUUUUAGUGUAUUCUUAAAAGUAGCUGAAUUCUGCAGAGCAGCCAACACUUCAGUUAAAUAUCCUUUAUAUAUUACAUACAGCCUGUAGAGCCUGCUCUUCUUCUUACAGCUCUGUUUAUAGCGUUAGGAUUAUAAAGAACAAAAGAAAACAUUAUUAUUGCUUAUUACACCAUGAUCCUUCAUGUGUUCUUUGUCUGUCAGCUUGCCUGACAGACGGGUGAAGAUACAGUUGGGUACAAAAGUUUGCAUCCCUGUAGUUUUUGGGUGAAAAAGGAAAAUAUUUUAUAAUCGUUCUGCAUAACACAAAAGAAUUCCAACAAGUUUAAACUUUUAUGUGGGUGAAUAAAACAAAAGGCAAAAUCAAUCAAGAAUAUUCAGCAAGGAUGCUUAAUUAAAGGUAAAUUCUUUACCUUUUUUCAUUUUGUUCUAAAGGUGUACAAACUUCUGCACUUAGCUGUAUCACACCUGUGUGAUUUUAUGUUUGGCUGGUUGAUGAUUUUAAUUUAAAUCUGAUAUGCAAAAAAAAAAAAAAAAAAACCAUUGGCCAUAUGAACAUGAAUUUCUUUCUUUCUUUCUUCCAUCUCCCUACUUCUCUGUUUUCUUUCUUUCUUUUUGUCUGUCUUCUCUCCUUCCUUCCUUCCUUCCUUCCUUUCUACCUUCUCCCUUCUUCCCUGCUUUUCUUUCUUUCUUUUGUCUGUCUUCUCUCCUUCCUUCCUUCCUUCCUUCCUGUGUUUUUUACUCCUAAAGUUCUCUCAUUCCAUGCUUACCCCUGUAGAGUCACAGGCAUUUGAACUUCUUGUUCAUCUCUGAACGAGACACACUAACGGAUCCUCUUCUUCUGUGUACACGGCACUUCAGCUUGAAAGUAACCAUGUGGGUCAGCGUGUAAUAAUGUCUAAUAUUGUAAAACUUUGUUUCGUGUGUUUCUCGCUGUCUGAUUUUAUCUUACUUUAUGUUUUUAAUCUUGGAAAAGAGAACAAAUAAAAGAAAUAUCUAAGACUCUUU